AUGGCGGACGCGUCAAAUAAAAGGCGGAGGCUAUCGGAAAAAGGAGGACCGGAUCGCCAAAGCCAGGCGGCACCCCGACGACAGCCACGGCAUAUCCAGGAUACCGAUCUAUAUGACCCCGAUCAGGAUCCAGAGGAACGUAGGAAGAUCAGAAAGGGAUUUAGAGACCUCGUGACAAAUCUAAAUGAUUCUCGCGCGGAAUACCUCCAACCCGGUUCCGAUGGUAUACGUACCACGUUGGAUAAAGCAAACGAGCUAUACAAAUCGGUGAAGCAAACCUCCGACGCAACGAUAGAUUCUCGACUUCUCGUAUCGGCGGCAGAUUUAUCCUAUAGACGCACUGCGAAGGCGGUUUUAGGCGAUGGCGAGACUGGUAUUGACGUGGACGAAUUUGUUUCCAAAUGUAUUUCAUUUAUGCGCCAAGGGCCUAGAGGGGAGGGGUAUUCCCUUUCAAGCACCCAGAGACGGCGCCGUCGCAUUACGGGAAACGAUCCUAAUGAGGAAGACAGUGAUGAAGAAGGGGAUCCCCUUAAUUGGGACUGGCUUGGCCGGAAAGCUUGUGUCCCCAAUAACCUACGUCCGUCUCUUUCUGGAUUUCUACUAGGUCCGCUCUCGGUACAGAAGCGUUUCCGGCAACAAAGUCAAAGAAGGGCUAGACAGGCGCGGUUGGAUCCUUCUCAGAAUGUCCAACCCCAGGAUGUUAAAGAAAUCGAUACGGACAAACAGGAGGUCUCGAACUUGACUGCCAUGUGCACUGAUAUUAGAGAGAUUCUGGUAAAAACUCAGACGCACAGUGAGACCCUCGUUAACGAAGAGCUUUGCCGAAUGGGCUCUGAUGUGUCAGAGGAUGUGGUCAAGGAGGUGAUGAGUAAACAUGCCAUUUCAGACGAUGGCGGUGUACCAUUAUUCCGGUUCUGCAUAAAUCCAAAGUCCUUCGGUCAGACGGUUGAGAACCUCUUCUAUAUCAGUUUUUUGGUGCGCGACGGCAGUGUGGGUAUAUCAUUGGAUAGCAACAAACUCCCUACUCUACUCCCGUCUCAACCCGCUGCACCAUCAGAAGCGCAGGCUAAAAAAAUGAGAAAACACCAAACAGUUUUCAGCCUUGACUUUGAGACAUGGGAAAAUCUAAUUGAAGUAUUUGAUAUUCGAGAGCCCUUGAUUCCGCACCGAAAUGACGAGGCAACGGAACGGGCAAAUAAAGAAGUGGCCACUACACUACUGCCUAGCACGGCUAAGAGCGUGUAG